CUCGGAGCUGUAGGCCCCCUCAGGCAGACCGUCAUGCCCAUGCUCUUCAGGAAAGACUUCAAAAAAAUGCCCCGGUGGGAUUUUGAUGAUGUUUAUAUCCAGGAUGCCCAACCCGUGCAUACAACCUGUGCCCAGUCUCUGCGGAAGUCAGAAGAUGAGAGCUUUACGAAGGCUUUCAUUCCCAACAUACGUUUAUUUAUGUACAAAGGCGACAUCAACAUAAGCGAGUGGAACAGACUUUCCCAUUUCAACAACCCCUUUGGUUUCAUGCAGGCCAACUAUAGCGAGAUGAAGCCCAUUUUGGAUUUGAUCCCAAAGGCACAGGAGCCACUCCUGCCUCCCAAAACAGAGGGUGACGGCUGUGUGCGCUGCGCUGUGGUGGGCACGGCUGGAAUCCUCUACGGCUCUGGCAAGGGGAAAGAGAUAGACGCCCAUGAUUAUGUGUUUCGGAUGAAUGGUGCGGUCAUAACUGGUUUCGAGGACGAUGUAGGAGACAGAACAUCGGUUUACGUUCACACGGCCCACUCCAUCACGGCAUCACCCUAUUUUUUCAAGAAGUACGGAUUCAAAGAGAUUCCUCAUGAUGAGGGUAUAAAGUAUGUGAUGAUUCCUGAGGGUAUGAGGGACUACCAGUGGUUGGAGGGUCUUCUUACCAGCAAUAGAGUUUCUCGUGGCCAAUACCACAACAUCCGGCCAGUGACAUACUACGCUGGGAAGUUCAACGAAAGCCGCUUCUAUGUUCUGCACCCGGACUUUCUCAGAUAUGUGCGGAACAGGUUCUUGCUGUCUCGUCGCCUUAAUUCAUCAAACUGGGCCAUUGUCAGACCCACCAAUGGAGCGUUCGCCAUCUUCCUGGCUCUGCACACCUGUGACGUGGUGAAUAUAUAUGGAUUCAUUACAGAAGACUACAAAAAAUACCCCAACUACUACGCUCACAGGGAUUUCAAAAGCAGAGUCGUCUUCUAUGCCAACCACGACCACAUCCUAGAAAUGAAAACCUGGAAAAAACUGCAUGACAAUAAAAUCAUCAGUCUUUAUCAAAGGCUGGACUCAGGAGGAGACCUGGCAAACAACACCACCAGAAACUGAAACAAAGUACUAUGCUGUGAGGACACGACGCUGUGAGGACAUAAUGGCAUCAGGCCCGCUUCUUCUUGGAGAACAAAACAAUAAGUUGGAAGAACAUUUCGACAUUCACAUGAACAUACUUGGCACUUUUCUGUGACCGACGGCUUCUGUGGCGCCAUCUGAAUUGUCCUGGUUGGGUAAAGU